UACCCUUUUUGGUCCCGUAACUAUGCCUCUGGGUCCAUUUUGGUCCUCUUUCUUUUAAAAGUUUCAAAUUGGUCCCAUACGUUGUUUAACAGAAACAAGUUGGUAAUUUCUGUCAAAUAAUGUCUAACGGCGUUAAAAUUGAUUACGUGGAAAGAGCCGUUGCAUAGUGGAAUGUCUAGUCAGCACUAUCUUCUUCUUUAUUGCUUGCUGAAGGUUGUUCAUAUUUUUCCCCAAAUUCAACCCUAGAUGAAAUUGGUUCCCAAGAUCCCAAAUUGAAACCUAAAUUGUUAGUAAUCAUGAGUUCUAUGCGUCGCUCAUCAUCAACAAAUAGAAACCUAAGUGAGUCAUCUUCUUUCAGCACAUCUAAUCUUCCAUGGAAGCCUCUAUGUCGCUGUGGAGACAACGCGGCUCUUCGCAAGGCACGAACUGUCAAGAACUAUGGAAAGCUAUUUUGGGGUUGUCAACAUUUUAAGGGUCACAGUAAUCCUGGUUGUGGAUUUUUUCAAUGGUUCUAUGAAGAAUGUAAAGGUGAAAUUGAGCAAACCUUGAUGAAUGAUCAAUGGAAGUUUGAAGUUCUUAGUGAAGAGAUGGAAGAAGCCAAAAAACAGGUUGAAAUAUUGAGGCUUAAUAUUAUGGAAUUAGAGGAUACUUUGAAGAUCAACAUUAGGUGGAAGAAGAUUUGGAAGUUUAUGUUUUUUUGUGUGUUAUUUGUCUUAGCAGUCAAAAUGUUGUAAGAGAUCUCAAGUUGUUGUGACAGUGGGAUGUCUCAAGUUGUUUUAAGUCCAUCUACUAUUUUGUAUUAGGUUUAUGCUCUAUUUUGUGACAUUGGGAGACCAUAAACUGUUGGUCUAUUUUGUUUUAGUAAUCAAUAUGCUGUAAGUCCAUCUUCUAUUUAAUGAUAUGGAAUA